GAGAAAACACCAUCACCACAUGACCAACAACCACCCGCGCGACUCGCCGCGCCACCAAUGACCAAGCUAAGAAGUUUUAACCCGCAAGCUACUGAAUCGGAAAAAUAAAGUCAAAGAGGGCCUCAGAAAAGAAAAAGAAGAGCGAUUCAUUUCCUCUUUUCUCACUUUUUACCUUUCAUUCUUUUGCACCCUCACUAUUUCCGAGAGUGAUUCACUUACACCACUGAGCGCUCGCUCUUUACAACUUUCACACUCGCUCAACUCACAUUUUACCACAUUCGCACAAUCAGCACAACGAAACCCAAUGCAUAUCGAUCCCCCGUGGUCAUGGAUGGUUUACUACGCACACUAACACGUUCUCGCAACACCGCGCCAUCCCCGAACCGCGGCAGCCGUAAUCGCAACCGACACAGCGGCGGGGGCGGAGGCGGAAGCGGCAACAACCACGGCCAAAUCGAAAUCAUCAUCGAGACCCUCGCUCGAGGACUCGUCGAAUAUGCAGUACAAAAGUACAUGAAGAAGCUGAGCGGCGGCGGCGACGAAGACAAGAAUGGAGGAGGACACAGAAACGACCGGCGCCUUAGCACACGCAACACCCAUGGCCACGACGAAGACGAGCGCGCUAGAGGCGGCGUUCCAAAUAUGGACAUGGAGAUGCUGGAGCACCUGGGCAAGAACAUCCUCUUCAAAGCUAUGGAGCGCUUCGGUGGCGGUGGAGGGGAGGACGAUGAAGAGGAAGACGUGAGACGGAGACAUGGCAAGGGACGAAGAGGCAGCCGAGACCGCGACUCAUACUCUCGCGGACAUUCGCAAGAUCGCUCUCACGGGAGAAGACACGGCAGCGGUGGCAAAGACGAUGACCGUGACCGGAGAAGACGCCACAGCCGCGACGACGGGUACCCUUCCCACGGACACGGCUCUCCCUCCUCGCCGUCAAGACACCAUCGCGGCCAUGACGAUACCCACCGCCGCCGCCGACGCGGAUACGGGACCGACUACGCGCCGCUCAAGGAGGAGAUGGAGACGCUGUCCAACACGCUCAUCUCUUUGAACGAGCGACAGCCCGGACACGCCGACUGCGAGUUUUACGAUGCGUUUAUGGAGCGCUCGGGCAAGGUGCAGGAGGCUAUUGGUUCUGUUCUGGUGCAGAUUCGGGAACGGGAGGAGAGGAGGGAGGAAGGCGCGGUCGGCGGAGGGGUUGACGGGGGCGGUUUCUAUCCUUUUCGCAGAGGAAGUGCGUAUAUGAGAUACCCAGAUUCUCUUUUCCGUACAUAG